GCGGGUUUCUUCUUCUUCCUCACCCCUGCAGCUCCCAAAAAAGAAGCCCAAGCACUGACUUCCAUUUCUUGAAAAAAUCAGCAAAAGCUUAAAAUUUUCCCUUCUUUUCUCAUUAAAGAGCAAAAUUAGGACUUAGAAAUCUUCCCCCCCCUGCAGAAAAUUUCAGAUCUGCUGUGUUUCUUCCCCUUUGUCUGUCCGCUGUUCUGCUGGGUGUGAAUCCUUCGGGAAUUUCGUCUCCGUCGGUCUCCAUACCCGCCAACUCCGGUUUUGGCUGCUGGAAAAAUUCUGGUAUGUUGAUGGCAUCUUUAAGUCCGAAAAUGGUUAAAUUGUUGAAUUGCUGCCCUGUUGUCCGAAAAUUUUCUAUUGUACAGGGGAUGAAUUCCGACAGCUUUUGAAACAUGUUUUGAAUUUAAUUCAUGUAGAAUUUUCUGUGAUUGGACUACUGUGAUGUUCUGUAUGCAUAGCCUGGUCUUAGUGUUGUUUUGCCAAGCUCGGUUCCUCCAUUUUGUCCGUUAGAAAUUUUCUGUUGAAAUGGAGGAAUUUCGGCAGCCUUAAAACAUGGGUUUUUAAGCUUGCUUAAUGUAGAAAAUGUUCUUGAUGGGCUGUGUAGUAUUUUAUAUGAAAAUCCCGUGAUUAGCUACUAUUUUGCCAAAAAGGAUUAAUUUAAUAAAGGCCCGGCUUCUCCAUCUUGUCCGUGAGAUUGGGAAACCAUUUAUAUAUGUAUUUGUGUAUAUAAAUGUAUAUAUACACAAUCCGGUCAAUGAAAAUAAAUAAAUAAAUGAAAUUGCUUAUAUAAUUAAUUCUUGGAUAUUUUGGUUAGGUUCUUGAUCUUUGGGGCACUUUAGUACGUGGAUUGAGUCUUUGGUUUUAUGCGAGUGAGGAAACGAAGUCAAGGACAAGGAAAAAUGAGGGGACUGACGAGUUAAAAGGCUAGGCAUCUUGUAAAAUGAACAUAGAUUUUAGAUAUAAAUCAUGAUCUUGUAAGCUAGACUUUAUUUGAAGAUUUUAUGAUAUUAGAGCAAAUUUUAAAAUUUUAUCUUCAGAUUUUGUGGUAUCAGAUUGUGGUAUGAUAAAGUUCAGAGCCUUGUGCAUUUGUGGGACUCUCUCACAAGUGUACGGCAUCUAUCGCGCCUCGAAUUUGGGUUUUGAGGCUUGACAUGCAUGAAAGGAGAGGGUCAUUGGGAAAUUUUUUUUUUUUUUGCUUUUUAGAAAAGUAAGCAGGAUGCCUGCAUCCAGAUUCCACAC